AUGCCUGAUAAAACGGCUCAUCAUGCUUUUGGAUCGUAUCGACACUCCUCCACGCGAUAUUCCAAAGAUGGAGUAGAUACUCGAUUCCAACAAAAUGACCACACCACCACCACAAAUGAUUCAAAGUCGUCUCUGCCAUUGAACAAGAAGAAGGUCUGCAAACGAAACAAUACAGUCCGUCUCCCCAAGCACUCGGAAAUCGUUGCUCUCGAUUGUGAAAUGGUUGGUGUUGGUGAAAAGGGACGAACAUCGUCUGCUGCAUGGAUUACCAUAAUUGAUUUUUUUGGUAACACUAUUUUGGACCAACAUAUUUCCCAAGACGAACCCGUCACCGAUUACCGUACCGAAAUUUCCGGUAUCACGGAACAAGACCUACAGGCGGCAACCAUCACUCUCAACGAAUGCCGCGAAUUGGUUCUCAACAUUCUUCAAGGCCGUAUAUUGGUGGGCCACUCCUUGAAAUCGGACUUGAACGCAUUGGGAAUUGCCCAGCACCAUCAUCCCUGGUGGUUAAUUCGGGACACCACUCGAUACACUCCGUUUCUACAAGACCGCAAUAGGAGUCUCAUGCCACGGAAACUGAGGGAUCUAGCCAAGGAAUACUUGCAUCGAGACAUCCAAGUGCCUGGCAUGGCUCACUCCCCCUAUGAGGAUGCCCUUGCAUCAUUGGACCUGUACAAGAGUGUCCGACCGAAAUGGGAGGCUGUCAUGAUAUUCAAGGUGAAAAAAACUCGAAAAAUACAACGAGAGCAACAGACACGUCAAUAG